GCUGUCGGUAUCCAUAUACAGAAGAUUUUUCCAAACAUAUUAUUUAGUUCAUUGAAAUGUGUAAUAAGAAUUGUUUUUCGUAUGGUAUAUCUUUUUAAAUGUUUAUUUUAGUAGUUAUUGUGACGUCGUUGUUGUUGGGAUAUCGACUUAAACGUAUGGCGACCGUUGAAGACAACGUUGGUCCCGGCGAAGUAUUGACUAAUGGGGCGUGGGCCUUUAAUCAUGUCUACGAAGUAGCCUUGGAGCAAUAUGGAGUCCCUUUCAUGAAAAGAUGCAUAUGUUUUUUACACGAAAUUUAUUUGAAGCUUACUUUAGUUAACAUGAUCAUAUUCAUUAUUAAAUAUGUGCCAACUGGAAUAUAUAUGUAUAAAUUUAUUAAAGGAAUAUAUAUAACUUCAAGAGAACGAAUAAAACAGAAACAAAUAGAACUGGAGGAUAUACAGCUACAGAUACAAAUAGUGAAUACGAAAUUGUGCGUGCGUGACUCGGAAAUGACGGAGCGCGCAGACGAGUUACGGCGCGGUGUGGAACGUCUCAGGCAAGUGCGUGCACGCGUUCGCGGCGUGAUCUCGUCAGAUGACUCUCUACGCAGUACUCUCUACGCCGCACACUCGCAAGCUCACGCAUACGCUGAUACCACCUCCGAAGAAGAAAGGGAAUUUCUAAUGGAAUUGCUGAAGGAUCUGAAAUACGACCAAGUGGCGAUACCCGAGAAGCCGCUCGAGAAUAUGGAAUGUGGGGAGCACGCUCUAUCGGAAACGCACACGUCUGAGAACAGCAUCUACACAUCGGCAAGCGACGCUGAUAUCAAACAGGAUUGUCACGUUAAGAUCGUAAGGGUCACGAAUGUAUACAAAGUGGCAUAUUUGAAGCACUACAUUAAACAGAAAAGAUUGCGGCGCGCAACAAAACAGGUGUUGCUAAAGAAAAAGAUGGAGAGCAUAAAAAAGCUAAUGGAAUAUUGGCAAAAGAUGCUGAAUAUGGUGAUCAACACGAAAUUAACGGUACUGAAUCUGGAAUCUCAAGUUGACGUCGCGUCACAAGAGGCUAUGGGAGACUAUUCCAAGCCCAAUUUAAGAGAAUCCUCAGGUUCUGACAGCGAUUUAAAAAAUGGAACAGAAACGUACAAUGACGAAUACGGCCUCAGUUGGACUCAAAAUCCUUAUCGAAACUAUACAUAUAAUUAUGAGGACAUUCCAGAAACUGUUGUAUCCCGAGACUGUUACGACACACAAGAGUUUGCUACUGGAUCAACGAAUCCAUUAUGUGAUUAUCCAACAUCAACUAAACUAUGUACUCUAAUGGAAGAAACUACAAGUCAAAUGGCUAUAGACGAAAUAAAAAGUGAGGUGGGCGAAGAUGGUAUCUGCCAGGAGUUCGACAUAUAAUUUAUAUUACUGAUUUAUUAUUUUGUUUACCAUUAAUAAUAGAGAUCCAGAAUAAAUUAU